AUGGUGGAAGCUUCCCAGUGCACCAGGGCGUCCGACGCCCAAGGCCUUUCCCUGAUUGUGAGCAUCCCCCCAAGCCAGUGGCUUCCACAGGAACCAGCACUGCCUAAACGACAUCCCCUUCUCAUUCCCUUCUCAUUCCCUUCUCAUCCCUUCAUCCCCUUCUCAUUCCCUUCUCAUCCCCUUCUCAUUCCCUUCUCAUCCCCUUCUCAUUCCCUUCUCAUUCCCUUCUCAUCCCCUUCUCAUUCCCUUCUCAUCCCCUUCUCAUCCCUUCUCAUCCCCUUCUCAUCCCUUCUCAUUCCCUUCUCAUCCCUUCUCAUUCCCUUCUCAUUCCCUUCUCAUUCCCUUCUCAUUCCCUCUCAUCCCUCUCAUCCCCUUCUCAUUCCCUUCUCAUUCCCUUCUCAUUCCCUUCUCAUUCCCUUCUCAUUCCCUUCUCAUCCCCUUCUCAUUCCCUUCUCAUUCCCUUCUCAUUCCCUUCUCAUUCCCUUCUCAUUCCCUUCUCAUUCCCUUCUCAUUCCCUUCUCAUCCCCUUCUCAUCCCUUCUCAUUCCCUUCUCAUUCCCUUCUCAUUCCCUUCUCAAUCCCUUCUCAUUCCCUUCUCAUUCCCUUCUCAUUCCCUUCUCAUUCCCUUCUCAUCCCCUUCUCAUCCCCUUCUCAUUCCCUUCUCAUUCCCUUCUCAUUCCCUUCUCAAUCCCUUCUCAUUCCCUUCUCAUUCCCUUCUCAUUCCCUUCUCAUCCCCUUCUCAUUCCCUUCUCAUUCCCUUCUCAUUCCCUUCUCAUUCCCUUCUCAUCCCCUUCUCAUUCCCUUCUCAUUCCCUUCUCAUUCCCUUCUCAUCCCCUUCUCAUUCCCUUCUCAUUCCCUUCUCAUUCCCUUCUCAUUCCCUUCACUCCCGCCUCCCGCUCUCCUUGCCCCUCGCUCACCCAGCGGCCUGGUUCACGAUGCUGGUAGCGGCGUGGGUGCUGUCUUGCUGGUGGCGGCGUGGGUGCUAUGUGGGCUGGCCGUGGCAGCAUCGCUGCUGUACUGGAAGCACUCGCAGUAUGAGGAUCACAGAGAGGAGGCGCUGGGCGUGUGGUGCAAGGAGCGCGCCCUCAUGCUGCAGCAGCUCGUGCUCACCCAUGUGGGGCAGAUGCAGACACUCACAGGCAUCAUCUCAGUGAUGGGCAGGCUGGGGCAGAGAGGCAAGUGGGAGUUGGACAGGUGUUUGAACGGCAGCUCGUGGGAGGCAUACCUCACUCGCACCGCCUAUGCUCGCCCCGGCAACACGGGGGCGUCUUCAUGCGUCUUUGUCACGGACGAGGAGGUGAGAGAGGGAGGGGGUGAAGGGGAGAGGGCAUUGGGAGGAGGGAACACAGGGGUAUCUCGGUGCGUCUAUGCCAUGGACGAGGAGAGGGCGACAUUUGAGCGACUGUACAGUACCAUAAAAGACAACAACAAGAACGUCAGUGCCCACCGCCCCAUCUACUGCCCCAAGAUCCUCGAUUUCUCCACUGUCGUGGCAUCGAAUGGCUCGUGGCAUAUUGAUCUAAUGAAGCGCUUUUCUACGGAGAUUCCACUUGCCGUGGCGGGAAAACCGCUCUACACGUGGCCGUAUCCCAUGGCUACUCCCAUCGACCAUGCUGGAUUCGGCUUGGGUUUUCCUCUUCGGCGCAGUGUCUCUCCGACCAACACAAGCAAGCCAGCUGCAUCGGCAGUGUAUGGCACACUUGCUACAUCUGUUGAUGUGACAUCCAUUGCACAGAAGGUUCUACAGGAGCUGUAUGCACCUGACCCAUCCAAGUCCUUCGAGAUGUACGAUGUCACAGACCCUUCUUCUCUCUUCGCCAUCGUCUCUCCAGUCCCACCGCACGUCUACUUCCGUCCCAACGACCUUCGCCCCUACAUGCUCCCCUCUCCACUGUCCGAAACUCGCCCCUGGGAGGGACCGGCUAUAGUGCCUUUAGAAGAGCUGGGAGCAGGCGUGCGCAAGUAUGAGGGGUGGUGCAGGUACACACAGCCUCCCAGCGUGUGGCAAUCGUGGGGCAUCCCCGUCCUCAUCGCCCUCGUCGCGCUCCUCCUCGUGCUGCUCGUGCUGCUGGCGGCGUGGAUCCAGCGAGCACAGUUCUUCCAGACGCAGCAGCACAUGGCGGAGGCAAACAGGCUCAGGAAGGAAGCAGAGGACGCAGAGCCGUCAAAGAGCAUGUUUGUGGCGUGCAUGUCCCAUGAGCUCAGGACACCGAUGACGGGGAUCAUUGGUACGUAUGGUGUUCUUGCAUUACCGGCUCAGGACACCGAUGACGGGGAUCAUUGGUACGUAUGGUGUUCUUGCAUUACCGGGUUUGUUUUCUUAAGCGCAUAUGAAGAAGAUUCGGAGGGAGCAGGGGAUGCAGAGGCGUCAAACAGCAUGUUUGUGGCGUGCAUGUCCCAUGAGCUGAGGACACCGAUGACGGGGAUCAUUGGUACGUAUGGUGUUCAUGCAUUACCGCCCCCAACCCAACCCACCUUGUCCAUAUCACUUCCUCUCGACACCAUCCUCCCUUCUUCCAUCAUCCCUAUCUCCCGCCAAGCCUGCUCGUUGUUUGAUGAUGCUACGCACCGUCCUCCAUGCACCCGUCCCUCUCCCCUCCCUCUCCCCUCCCUCUCCCCUCCCUCUCCCCUCCCUCUCCCCCCUCCCCUCCCCUCCCCCCUCCUCCCUCUCCCCUCCCUCUCCCCUCCCUCUCCCUCCCCCCCUCUCCCCUCCCUCUCCCCUCCCUCUCCCCUCCCUCUCCCCUCCCCUCCCCUCCCUCUCCCUCCCUCUCCCCUCCCUCUCCCCUCCCUCUCCCCUCCCUCUCCCCCCCCCCCCUCCCCUCCCUCUCCCCUAUCUCCCGCCAAGCCUGCUCGUUGUUUGAUGAUGCUACGCACCGUCCUCCAUGCACCCGUCCCUCUCCCCUCCCUCUCCCCUCCCUCUCCCCUCCCUCUCCCCUCCCUCUCCCCUCCCUCUCCCCUCCCUCUCCCCUCCCUCUCCCCUCCCUCUCCCCUCCCUCUCCCCUCCCUCUCCCCUCCCUCUCCCCUAUCUCCCGCCAAGCAUGCUCGUUGUUUGAUGAUGCUACGCACCGUCCUUCAUGCACCCCUCGCUCUUUCCUCCCUCCGCCAAGCAUGCUCGUUGUUUGAUGAUGCUACGCUCCGUCCGUCAUGCACCCCCCCCCUCUCCCCUCCCUCCACCAGGCCUGCUCGAUGCUUUGUGUGCCACGGUAACGAGGUGACUUUUGAGUCGACUCAAAAGUCACGUUGCUACGCACCAUCCUUCAAGCACCCCUCCCUCUCCCCUCCCUCCACCAAGCAUGCUCGAUGCUUUGGCUGA